AUGGAAGGCAAGAAACUGAUAUUACUUCUUUUUACGAUGUUUGUUCCCCUCGUGUUUACAAAAACUUUCAUUCUUCAAGCCGAUAAUUCAAGAACAAGGGAAAAUCAUGUGGUUCUGAAUUUGGCAAACGCCUCCAAUGGAAAUGCUCUGAUGGUGACUGAAAUAGAACCGCUAUCUAUAAACUUCUGCAUUCGGGAAAAGACGACCGUUCGUUUGAACAACUUCCGGUUUUCUAGUGAUAAUUCCAAUGCUUUAUUCACUGUAAACCUAGAUCACGGUUAUUGGCUAGGUACGUAUUACUCUCCGCCUCGAGGUGGACGAGAAGAUUUCAUCAACACUGGCAAGUUUCCCCGGGUUUAUACCUUUGAUGCUGGAUGGCACGUUUUAAAGGUUGAUGUCAGACCAGGGUCGGCCAACAUAUCGGUUGAUAACAUCGAAUUUGAUAUUGAUGACGAAAGAAUGAAUUUGGAGAUUCUUCAAUGCACUAUCAUGUGUAUACCGGAGGCGAACUUUGGGGUGAGGCGACCUACUUUAACAUCGAAUACCGAAAGUGCCGUCAUAACUCAACAGUCUUUCGACACCAAGUGUGCAGAAGUAGACAACGUCAACGUCCCGAUGUACAAUCCUGCAGUAAGUCAAUUCCUCAUUACAGCCACUCUUCCACAGUACAAGUCAUUCGCUAACCGUCGUCAUGACAACCUUACAAACUGCCCCCAUCUACCGCCACAACUAUGGCGAUUCUCAGACUUUACAGCCAGUUCUGACACCGCUGAUAUACGAGGCCAAAAUUCCAGUCUAAUGUUUAUUUCGAAUCAAUUCAAUUCAAGAAAAUCUAUCGCUGUUAUUGCUUCGUUUAAACUGGAAGGUGAAAAGGAAGGGAGUAUUGAUUCGAAAAUUGGAAACGAAUUAUAUUUGAGGUUUAAGAAUUUGAAUGUACCGGUUACAGUAAUGAUGCAGUACCGGGACAAUACUGGUCGUUUGUCUGAACCUUCUGUGAGGACAUUUGAUCAACAUACCUUGGAACAAAUGUGGACAAUUCCAGACUUCACCUGGAUAGAAGACACAGAUAAUUAUAUUGUACUUUCUAUGGAAGCCGAUGUCAUUAUCAAGUUUGAGGUAGAUUAUCUUCAAUUACUUAAACGACCAAUGGUGCCAGAUGAAGUUUCGACUAUUUAUAGAAGCGAUGACGUCAUCAUUGAAGCAGUGAAUGUUCAACUCUCCUGGCUCGCGCCAAAAACAAUGACGGUGCGUCUAAGUAAUGGCGGAAUAGCAGAAAAUAUAACAUUUAUCCGUAUUUACCGGCCAAUUCCGUGGAACAACGGAUAUGCUCAAGUUUUUGUCCUUUACAAUGACGGCAAUGUACGACUCCUCCCGACAGCCCCGGAUGGAACCGACUGGAUUCCAUUCGGAACCUCAGUAAUUAUUGGCCAGACAAAAGCCGACCGAGUGAGACCAUAUACUGUUAUAACACAAGUAGAUAUCAUUCCUGAACGCUGGCAGAUGAAAGUUUACUACGAAGACGGUAGUUCUGUCAAAAUGAGUUUAAACAGCACAAACGAAGAGACCCAAUUAUUUGUAAGUGAUAUCGAUUUUAUGCAAGAUCGGUUCACGCACCCCUUUGCUACGAUUCGCUCCAUGUACGUGGACGAAGGAAACACAGAUGUAGACAGUGUGAAGAUUGACAACAAAGAUACAUAUCACAUUAUGGACCAAUGGGGAUCACUGACAGGAAGGUCUUUCGCUUUCCAUCGCAGGUGCAUUUCAACCCACUUAACACUUAGUCCUGAUAUUCAGAUCGAUCUUUUGGAGACAAAUCAAGCGAUGACGACAGCUACAGUACCACCAACCAAUAUAUAG